UUUCGUUCCGUUAUUUGCCUACGUUCUCAUGCGACGCGAUAAAUAUGAGACUGAAAACGUGAUCACGGCCGGCUAAUUUGUUCGUCGCUCGUGCUCGCUAUUAUAGGUUAUAAACGCUCGCAUGUUUUAAUCGCGAAGGCGCAUACCUCUCACUUUUAACCGCGGCAAAAUGGAUUUUUCUGGGAAUAAUAUUGUCCAAGGCGCGCUCCCACAAUUCUCCGAAUUAACGUCUCGAUCGAAUUCAGUUUCGACAUCGAAAUUCACUAGCGGUGAUAAUACUCAAGUGGAGCAUACAACUGUUUAUACGACCGCGGCGGGACUGAAUCAGGCGAAACAAAGUUUGCUGGUGAAUUCGACGAACAAGUAUGCAGGACCAAUACUAGCAUGGCCUGAUCCAAACACUUUAAUGCAGCUCUGUGAGAAACAAGGCCUUCAGACCAUUAACAUUCCUAAUUACAAUCAAAACAGCCCAAUACUCAGUGUUCAGUCAAAUAGUUUACCAGUAAGGAUUAUACCUAAUAUGUACUUGCCAUCAACUUCACAGCCAGAGAACAUGAAACAGGAGGUAGAUAUUAGGACUGAAAAUGAGAAACAGACAUCUACAAUGGUAUAGAAUUUGUUUUAUAGCCAUCUAUAAAAUACUAAGGAGCUUUUGGUUAACCAAAAAUUUAAAUAUUUCCAAAGGUUGCAAGCCACUACUCUACCAUUGACAUUGCAGCAAUUAAUUAAGCUCCAAACGGAGCAAGUGAAGAAAGAGAAGACUGAAGAGGAGAAGAUGGAGCAUAACACACAGAACAACAUUCUGAACAUUCCUAGUGUUCCAGUAUUCAGAAAUACUCAGUUGCAAAAUGGAAAUGUCUUUAUGAAUUCAGAUCAAAUGAUGGUAUCUAUAAAUCCAAACGACCUAAAUGUUCACAUGGAUAAUCAACAAGAAAAUGAGAAUACAGUACAGAGUAUCAAAGUUGAACAGCAGAUUCAAACAGACUCGCCGAAAACUGAGAAAAAAAUGAAAUUCCGGGCGAAAACAGGGGAAAUAAAAAUCAGUGUCGCUCUAGACGGCUCUACGCUUUAUUGUUGUCCAGAAUGUAAUUUAGCAUUUCCAGAUAAAACGGAAAUCGAGCAACAUAUACAAGCUCAUAUACAAGAACGUAAGUAUCAAUGUAAGGAAUGCGGUGCCAUGUUAAAAAGAAAGGAGCAUCUAGAUCAACACAUGCGCGGCCAUUCUGACGAGAGGCCAUUCAAGUGUCCAGUGUGUCAAAAAGCGUUCAAAAGAAACGAGCACCUAACUAGGCAUUACGUUAUUCACUCUGGCGACAAGAAUUUCUCGUGUCCAGUAUGUCAAAAAGCUUUUUCGAGGAAGGACCAUUUGAACAAACAUACUCAAACGCAUCUAGGGAUUAGGAGGAAUAGAACGAAAAAAGAGCCUUUCUACAUGGAGCCGAAAGACUCUUUUGAGAAAGCUCCUGAAGUAUCCGCGAUGCCUAAGCAAGAAGUGGGCUUCGUAUUGAAGGAUGGAGGCUUCAUGAAACAAGAGCCUAAUUUUCUCCAGUACAUCCAGAACCUCCAGAAGGAUCAGAAUCUGAUCCACACGUUCUCUUCAUUUAAAGAGCAGGCGAUAAAAGAGGCGAACGUGCUGCAGCAGCAGGCAGUGAACAUGAACGAGAUCCUGCCUCAGAAUACAAGGUACUUAAUGCCGUCUUAG